AUGUUUCUAUUCCCUAAUUUAAAGUGCCAAGUAUACUCGCCUAGUGGACCUGGGUUCCUGAGCAAACUUUUUUCAUUCAAAAAAGCACAAUGUGAAUCAGCCGCAAAUGAGUCCCAGCUGCCAGAUCACAUGGAAUCCAUUCCUCAUGUUGACCCAUAUGAACUAGUCUCUUUUGAAAACCUUUCCAGGGAGGUUAAGAAUAUUUUGACUAUGGAUAACUACGAUGGAUUUCGUCUGGAAGCAGAUAAACAGGUCGUGCCUAAUCUCCAUGCCGGGCAUUAUCUCUUCCUAGGCACUUUGAUGAGAGAGGCUGGUUAUAUCUACCAAUUUGGAUUUACCUAUGCCAAUGAUGAUGCUAGUAUGCUGGCUAUGUCAAAAAUUGAUCUGGACGGCGUUGUUACGGGACGAUUCCUUAAGAAGUUUGGAAAAAGCUUGGAACUGAAAGCUAAUUGCAAUUCGUGUCUAAAAAUACCGAGUAGAAAUGCUUAUGAAUUUGCAGCGGAUUAUUCUGGAUCAGAUUGGACAGCCUCCUUAAAAACUGCAUGGCAAGGCACGUGGAUAUUGAAUGGAGCAUUUUCCCAGCAAAUUUAUCGCAACUUGCACAUAGGGGGUGAAAUAACAUACAUUUGUGCGAAUGGAGCGUCAAUCGGUUCCCUGGGUGCAAGAUAUGUCAAUGAAAGUAACAUUUUCAAUGCACAGAUAUCUCGCCAGCCCGAUUUUAAGUCAAUGGAAACAAUGCUAAACCAGGUAGAUAGUUACAAAUUCCAAUACGUCAAAAAGGUCACAGACCGCCUUUCAUUGGCCUCAGAAUUGGAAUUUAUCCCAGCAACUAAAGAAUCUGCACUAAGAACGGGCUGGGAAUACUUAUUUAGACAUGCAAGGGUACAGGGAUCAAUUGACACAACGGGGAGGAUAGCAAUGAUGGCCCAGGAUGCAUCAGGUUUUGGUGUAAACGGAUUUAUUGACUAUUGGAACAAUAUCUAUAGAUUCGGCUUCAUGAUGCACCUGGUCCCGCAGCAAGAACCACCUAAACAAUGA